AUGGCUAUUAAUGUUUAUGCAGCUUUAUCGCCAAUCUGGAACGAAAAUGGAGCAUGUGGAAAGAGCAAAUACCCCGAUGCAGGGGACUACUUCCUACCAGCACCCACCAUCGUUGGAGGUAUAGAAGCCAGACCGAAUGAAUUUCCUUGGCAGGUAAGUGUCCAAACAAAGAAAGGUACUCAUUCGUGCGGUGGGAGCAUCAUCAACUCAAAAUGGAUCAUCACGGCCGCUCACUGCCUCGAUGAAAAUAAUCCAGGCUACUACAUGGUUGUGGUUGGACUUCAUAAAAAGAUCACAGGAGCAGGUGAUUCAACCGUUAAAGUUCAUGAUGUUGAGCGAAUUGUCGUCCACGAGAUGUUCUCGCCCAUUACAGUUGCUAACGAUAUCGCCCUCAUAAAGGUCAAGAAUGACAUCAAAUUAGACGAAAAUGUCAACACCGUCUGUGCACCCAAAUCAAAUGACCAAUAUGCCCAUUAUAAGACAGUUGUCUCUGGGUGGGGAAACUUAGCUCCAGGAGGGAGUAACUUGAAUGUUGACAGUUUGAUGUACACCACACUCAACACCACAGCCAAAGAUUAUUGCUUACGGAUGUACAAAAACAUACGCCCCAUAACUGAUGACAUGAUCUGUGCCUCUGAUAACAAAGGCAACGUUGUGAGGGACUCCUGCCAGAUGGACUCGGGAGGUCCACUGGUGAAUAAAGAAAAAGAUGGGACCUUCAGACUGGUGGGUGUGGUGUCGUGGGGCAUCGGGUGUGCCAGCAAGUACCCUGGUGUUUAUGCCAGGGUCAACCACUUCGAAGAUUGGAUUUUGAAGAAUAUUAAAUUAUAA